UAAUUGUGGUGUUUGUCUGAAGUGUGAGAUAGUUUUGUAGUUGAAAACUGUGCGCUUUGAAUUAUUGUCAUCUGUUGUACUUUAGGGAGGAGGUAGAUGACAAGUAUUUGUUUGCCUGCCGUUGUAGAGUAAAUUGUUGUCAUAAAACGAUGACUACAGUGUUUGACGGUGGUGCAGUGCAGGUUCAGCAACAGCGGCCACCAUCGACCCCACAGCAACUUCAGACUGGACCUCCUCUUAUCAGUGCCCAAGAGCUCGCACAAGAGAUCAAGGCUUUUAUAAAUGGAGUGGACCCCAUUCAUGGAAACAAGCUUACUGUAAAGGAUCAUGCUAGAUGUGCCAUACUUCUGCUUCGAAACCUACCACCAGCCAGGAAUGCAGUACUGGAACAUCUCUGCAAUGUCUUUGAUGAAUAUGUUAGCAAUUAUAUUCUAGAACUGGAAAAUGAAAGUAGCUCUGGAUCUCUUGGACCAAAUCUGGAUGACAUUAUUCAGGAAAUUGAAAAUGUUCUGUCUGAGUUUGUUCGAAUAAAUCCAAAAGCGUGGGCUCCUUUGGUAUCUGCAUGGUCAAUUGACCUUAUGGGACAGUUGAGCAGUAAGUAUGCAGGCAGACACGGGGUGCCCCAUGCGAGUAGCCUUAAUGAGCUGCUACAGCUUUGGAUGUCAUGUAAAGCCACCAGAACUCUGAUGGAGAUCUACACACAAUGCCUGUCUUCACUGAUAAACUCUUGCCCUGAUGCAUGUGUAGAUGCACUAUUAGAUACCUCGGUUCAGCAUUCCCCCCACUUUGACUGGGUAGUUGCUCACAUUGGGUCGUCCUUCCCAAACACUAUCAUUAGCCGUGUGUUAUCUUGUGGUCUGAAAGAUUUUUGUGUGCAUGGGGCUGCUUCAGCUGAUGUGCUUUUCCCUAGUGCGGCAGACAAACGGAUUCCAAAGAUUGCAUCAGUUGUUGGAAUUCUAGGCCAUCUUGCUCCAAGACAUUCAGAAAGCAUAAAACAAGAACUCCUGAAGAUGUUUCAUGAAAGCCUUGGUCCUCUUCGUGAUCAGCAGCAGAAAGUAACUGUCCCUUUCCUGCUUCAGCUUGCUGUUAUGUCACCGAUGUUACUAAGCACUAUUUCAUCAGAACUGGUUGACUCCCUGAAACCUAGCGUUCUGAACCAGCUGCAUCAGCAUUUUGCUACUUUACCAAGAGAAGAUCUGGAAAAUAUGGUGAGUCUAAUAGUUCACCUGAUUUGUCAGACAGCCUAUGGGGCUUACAGAAUACUUCAGUUUCUUGUGAAUACUGCAAUGCCAGCCUCUGUAAUAACCACUCCAGGGCUGGCUGUCCAAGACAGUGUACGUGAAGCCUGUGACAGAAUUAUCCAGCUGCUACUUCUUAACUUGCAAAAACUGGUUUAUAAUCGGACUUCUACUAAUGUGAUUGACUCAGGUUCUCGAGUUGUCCCAUUUCUUGAUGAACUCAAAAAUCAUGUCAGAGAUCUUUGUAUUGAAACAUUAAGGCUUGAACGUAAACGUUACUUAUGGCAGCAUCAACUCCUAGGACUUUUGUCCAUUUAUUGUAGCAGCUGUGCUACAGAUGCUCUUUGUUUCAUGUUAACCCUUGCCAAAAACCCUGAAGAACUUAGUCUGGGAGCACAGCUGUAUGCUGUCUUAAGCUCCUCGGUUAAAGGCCUUUUGCCAACAACAGUAAAGAAAUGUGUGAGUCAGAUUCAUUCUGGUAGUGUUUCAGAACAGCAUAUGACACAGCUUUUCAGCAACCUUGCACUAAUUAUCCAAUGGGACAAAGAAGAUAUUGGCCCAGCAUCCAUGAGCUCUCAAGUAGCUCAGAUUGUAUCCCUGCAUCUUUAUGACUUUGGGCAGUUGCUGCUUCACAGGAAUCCUAAUGUAUGUGAGGCUGCUGCUUUGCUUCUUUCUGUCUCACCAAUGCCCAAAGCCUUAAAGCCAGCUGACCUAAUGACAAUUGUCCGUGCUGCAGUUCACCACUUCUUCUCUGCUCUUCAUAGGAAAAAUGGCUCUGGAAUUGGCCACAUCAGCAAACUUCUUUUCAGGUUAAGCAGCAUCUGUUCUGCAACCAUGAAGACCAUUUUGCAGCACCUUGUUGAAGGUGCCAUGCAUAGAGGCAACCUUGGACUUUUUGGAGGCAAGUCGGAGCAGAUAGAAAGUAAUGAUCUUUUUCUGAAAGACUCUAAAACAUCUUUACUGGAUGUCAAUUAUAAGUUUGGCACUGCUGUGAACUUUUCAGGAAGCAUAUGGUCUGUUUUUCAUGCUGGUGUCAUUGGACAAGGCCUGAAACCUUUUAUUGCACCUGUAAAUCAGGACAAAGAAGCAGUUCUUUACAACAUCCAUCAUUACAUGAAUCUAAUUAUCAGAUGUUGCAGUGGUGGUAAAUAUCACACAGAACUGAAUGAAAUUCAGCCUCCCAUAGUAGUUAUCAACCCAGAAGCUGCUAAGACAGUUGCUGUUGUCCUUGUAGAAAAUAUUUGUCCUGAUGUCUCAAACAGUGAAUUAGCAUGGCCUCCUGAAGAAUACACAAAGAACACUGUAGAAAGGGACAUCCAAAUACGAAAGUGCUUUGAAGAAAACCCACUGUUGUUUGAACUGUUACGUUUUGUAUCCAUUGGGCGACCAGCUCUCUGUUACUGUUCAGUGGUGCUCCGUGGCUUAUUAGCCACAUUAAUGGCACACUGGGAGGCUAAAAGAGACAAUGUAACUACUACUUCCCCAUGGUAUUUGCAGGCUUCUUGUAAUCUUAUUGCCUGCAUGGGUGAAGGGCACCUGCUCCCUCCUGUGCUUAGCAACAUGCAUGAGAUUUUUGAUAAGCUUACUCCUUUUGAAGUUCAUCUGUUGCUGCUUAGUGUUUGGGAUUACAUGAGAGACAAUAGCCCUCUACCUCAGAAAUUUACUUUCAAUGCAGACAAAGGACUUUUCUAUAGAGAUUUUUCACGAGAUGGAGAUAUAAACAAGUACCUCAGUGUCGUGCAAAGUGUUGUGCAUAAAAACAUAGAAAAUCUUGGACUUUUUGGUGGACGUUUUCAGGUGUAACAGGACUGCUGUUUGUUAACUGGACUUUUCUCUGUUUGUCUUUUGUUACUGUAUAUGGAGUCUUGCGUUGCCAUUCUCAGCCCAACAAAAGAAUGUCUGAACAUUUCUCGGGUUGUGUAUUGCCCAACAAAAGAAUGUCUGAACAUUUCUCUGUAUGUGUAUUUAAUAUGGAAACCAAUGUGCAGUUUCUUUGUAUGUUAUAUCAGUAUUUUUACUGAAACUAUUUUCAUUUUCUGUUUUUGAUAAAGUGUUACAUAUUUCAUCAUUUCCUUUUGUUGUUUAAUUUCAUCCUAUCUGCUUCCAUUAGCCAGCACUUGCAGCAUUGCCACUAGAGUAUUCUGAAUAUGCUUACUUAACACACUGCCCAAGUAUUAAAAUUUGCAUAAUGGUGAUUGUGAUGGAGGUUUUCACAUUCCACAAGAGAUAGCAUACAUCUCUGAAAUUGGACCUUGCGUGUGUCUUCUAAAGUUUGUUUGCAGAAGCGUUUGAUAAAAGAACAAAUGUACGCAUUUUCUGUAAGCUGGGAGAUCAUUUGUAUAUUUACAUACUAGCAUUUAAAUUUAGUUAGUUGCUGCAGUUUUUUUAUACAAUGAGUUUAGUGUUGGCACCUUUUUAUUGCUGUAUAUUUUGAUUUCUCUUUGAUGGCUUUAAAACUGUGUCUGUUGUAAUUCGUAAUUCAAGUCAUUAAACAUGGAAAUUUGUUGCCAGGAUAAA